AUGGCAGUCGAACCGAUCUUCAAGACGCAAUUCCCCGAGGAGCUUAUUGGUAAAGACCAAGUCACAUUCGAGUGGAUCGAAAAAGUCACUCGAUCACCCGAACAUUAUGAGGCAUUGGUCCGGGAGGCGUUCGACGAUACGCGGAUAGGGUCUCACUUUUGCGUAGUGACUCUGGCGGAACCUGGCCAACAAAGCAUUUCCAACAUCAUCUGGAUCGUACAUCACGCACUCAUAGAUGGGUACUCUGCAUCGCUGCUGUUUGAGAAGAUCCGGAAGUACACCACUGGUGUGGCCAUCACAGCGGGACCUUCGUUCGCCAAGCUUGCCGCGGAGUUGCACCAAUACCAGGCAGAUCACGGCGAGGAGGGCAAACGGUUUUGGAUGUCACAGAAUGAUCAAUUGGCCCUCGCGAGAGGCGACUUGAUGCUUCCGACGGCUAUUCAAGACACAGAUGGAAAUACGAGUAGCGUUGAAAGCGAGGCCAUCGAAAUCGUCCUGGACCAGAACGAACUAGAAGAUGUUUUAGCCGGAUCCCAAUCCAAGAACGUUACAAUGGCMACGAUUCUACAAGCAGCUUGGGCCUUGGUACUCUCUCACUACACAUCAUCUGAUCUUGUGGUGUUCGGAACCGUCUUGGCAAGUCGUAACCUGCCUCUUCCGGGUAUUCUCGACACAAUUGGGCCAAUGGUCAACACUCUGCCUCUUUGUGUUGCCGUCGACGCCAAGCUGUCUAUUCAAGAAUAUCUCCGUGCAGUCUUCAAACAGAUGGUAAGGCUCAGCGAGUUUUCCUGGACCACUCCCAACGAGCAUGACUACUCUCGUCAAUUUGAGUCUGCCGUCGCUAUGCAGUUUGACACAACCGCAGAUGCCCAUACCUAUCAGCCGUUCCUCCCAAUCGAGAAUCCGAAAAGCAAACAGACGACAAGCAUUCCCUUUAGUGUCGCGAUGAAUCCGGACGGGACGAUACAUCUCCAAGCUCACAAGCGUCGAGUCACCCGCACGCAAGCUCAGGACAUUGCACAGAUGUUGCGUGAUGCCAUUAUUGUACUAGUUCGAUCAAACGGAACCAUUGGCGAUUGCAAGAAAUCGCUGCUAUCCGUGGACAUGCUUGCUACCUUGCGGGAAAGAGGAAACGCCAAUUCGGGCCUUACUACAAUACCAUCAGUCACCGAGGACCUGGUCACUUUGUUCGAACAGUCGGCUCGGAAUGUUCCAAAUGAUGUGGCUGUUGAGCGUGGGUCCGAGAGAGUGUCGUAUGCUUCGCUCGAUGAGCAGUCCAGCGUCCUUGCAUCAUAUCUGCUCAAGUUUAUUCGAUCCGGCGAGGUCGUCUGUGCUCAUGCCGAUCGAUCAACCUCCUGGAUCGUCGCGAUAUGGGGCAUACUCAAAGCUGGUGCUGUAUACUGUGCGUUGGAUCCGUCUCUGCCGGCAGAACUGAAGGACUCAAUGUACAAAGCAGCCAAUGCAAAAGCAUUCGUGGCUCCUUCCGCUGCCGUUCGGGAGGCCUGUCCCCUAUCUUGCGGUGAAUUCGUUGAUAUCGAGACUGUCCUCCGUUUCCCAGAUACAGAAGAUGCACAACACAACAUGCUCAGUGGCCGAGAUCUCGCUCGGCCUGCCGACGCUGCAUAUCUUUGCUUCACUUCCGGCUCGACCGGGGUACCCAAGGGAGUAAUUUGCACGCACCGAGGUCUCGUCGCUUUCCAGAGUGAUCUGGAGGUGAGGCUAUUUGCCAGGCCUGGAGAGCGCAUCGCACAGAUCAUGUCCCCAGGAUUCGACGGCGCCAUUCAUGAAAUWUUUUCCGCACUUUGCUACGGAGCGACGCUGGUCUUACCACAAGAAGGAUCCCAGAUGUUUGACCACCUGCACAAGGCAACUUCCUGCAUCUUGACGCCUUCCAUCGCACGGAUUCUGAACCCAGAAGACUAUCCAGGCCUGCAGACCGUCUAUUUUGUUGGUGAACCGGUCCCGCCUGCUGUUUCGGACAUUUGGUCCUCACACGUGGCGUUAUACAAUAUGUACGGACCGACAGAGGGUACGUGUGGUGCUACGAUCAAGAGACUUCUCCCCGGACAGCAGAUCACCAUUGGAAAGCCCAAUCCGGCGACGCGCAUAUACAUAAUGAGAGACAAUCACACGCUCGUGCCUCCUGGAGUCAUUGGCGAAAUCUUCCUCGCGGGAGUGCAGGUCGCCAAAGGGUACAUUGGGCUUCCAGAAGUCACAGCGGACCGCUUCAGGCCUGAUCCCAUUUGUCCGAUCGGAGAGUACAUGUACAAGACUGGAGACCGCGGAUACUGGAAUGACGAAGGCGAUCUAGUAUGUCUCGGCCGCAACGACCGAGAGAUCAAGCUGAGGGGCUUCCGCCUGGACAUGAAUGACCUUGAGAUUCGUAUCGCCCGAGCAGAUUCAUCCCUUCAGGCUGUGGCAGUCGUGGUACACAACGAGCAACUGGUAUCGAUCGUCCAGCCGGCAGAUGUAGACGUUGCAAUGCUUCAUGCCACCAUUUCUCGAUCAAUGGCYCGACAUCAGAGACCGGCACGCAUAUUAGCCAUUGACACCAUGCCUACAACACGAGCAGGAAAGACGGAUUAUCUGGCGUUGAUGAAGCUUUUGUCGAAGCCAGAGGCCAUUCCUCGGGAGCAUAAGCAGGGUCCGGCAAGUCCAACUCUUCGGAAGGUCAUCGCUGUAGUCCGCUCCAUCCUUCAACUCGAACAGGGCUUGCUCAUUCGGAAUGACGCCAGCUUCGACGAGUUGGGCGGAACUUCUCUCAAGCAGGUGGCGCUCUGUUCCCGUCUCAGCAAAGAGUUCGGGAUUCAGGUCCCAUUACGUUUGAUCAUUGAGCGUCCUCGCCUGUCGGCCGUCGCUGAUGCCGUCGAUGUCAUGCUGUCUUCAUCUCAGCAUCUUCGCAUCUCACCCUGCCAGACAAUCGAUCGGCAGAGAGCAUCGCCUGGAGAGCUUGAAUGGUUUGAGAAGUACCUGCUGGACGUUGGGCUCUCGGCGUUCAAUGUCUUCUACGCCGCCACCUUUUCACCCGCCAGGAUAAGUCGAAAACGCCUGACGGAAGCGUGGAACAUCGUCUUAUUGCGUCACGCCAUCCUACGAAGUCGCUAUGCCAAACAACGAGGGAACCGAGGCGUCCGUCUUCUCUCAGACUGUGCACCACGAGUGCAAGCUGUCUCUGAAAUAUCCUUCUGGACUGAAGUGAAUCGUCCCUUUUACGUCGGGACCAAUGAUCCGAUCCGCGUCCUCAUCGGGGAAGACAAAAUGAUGGUAGUCAUCAGUCACAUCAUUGCUGACUUCACGGCGCUGGCAGUCCUACUGGAAGAAGUCAAUUUGAUUUAUCAUGGCCGACAACUACCACCAUUGGUCAAGACAUACGACGAGGCGGAUGUGUGGUUCAAAGAUACACCGGUAUGCUACAAGAAGUGGUGGUUGGAGUAUCUGAGUUCACUGCCAAAGGAGCCCAUCAUACUCAAGCCCGAGAAAGAGCGAAAAUCCUACUACGGCACAUCCAUUGUCAGCAAGAUGCCAAAGUCACUCUGUCAUAACAUGCGGGAGACAGUGAGUAAGGUGGGCGUCUCGAUGCAGCAGCUUCUACUGGGAGCCAUUGCACUGGUUCUUUCUUGCGAGGAUGACCCCAACGACACUGAAGUAGUGGAUGUUCUUCUUGGAAGUCCAUACAUGAAUAGACCAACGGAUGACGACCUUUCAGUAGUUGGACUCUACCUCGAGCCGCUACCUGUCCGCAUAACAUAUCCAUUCGACGAUACCAGACUUGGCAAGGGAUGUGAUGCGGAGGAGGCCGGGGAUCAAGAUUCGGGUACGAGCGGGAUUGAUACUCCCAGCACCAUCAUCCAGGACGACAGUGUCAGGUCAUACUUGGAAAUUGUGCGACGAUCGUGUCAAAUGGCGCUGGCUCAUGCCAUGCCCUGGCAUCAGCUCUUGGAGCUUAUGGGAUGUGAUGUCGCGUAUCCGGCUCACCCCCUUUUCGACAUCAUGGUCUCGUUCCAUGAGGUAUCCCAAACACAAAAGAUUGGAAACGUCAUUCCAGGUGUCGAGCCGUGCUUCGCCUGGUCAGAAGGAAGCAAGUUCAAGCUGAUGGUGGAGUGCGCCGCCUACAGCAAUGAUGUACUGAUGUUGAGGCUGGAGCAUGACACGGAAGUAUUCACGAAAAGGGAGAUCUAUCGAAUUGAGACCAUGGUUCCGCAAGUCUUGGAUAUGUUGACCAGAGACAGUCAAGGCAUGACAAUCAGUGCAAUUCGGGAAGCUUUGAAGGCCGUUGAGGGAGAAGUCAGGCCCACCACGGCGUUGGAGCCCGGCAAGGUGUUUGGGAAAGCGAUCUCUGAGCUUUGA